AUGGAAUACGAUCACAAUGAAAGCCAACAAGGAACAGCCAGGGUUUUCUCUUUCCUGUUCUGUUCAAGAAAGUUCUACAGCUCUCAGGCACUGGGAGGCCAUCAAAACGCUCACAAGAAGGAAAGAAUCGCCACAAGGAAGGCUAAAAUGGCAUCCGAAAAUGGACCGACCAGUAGUUUCUCGUCGUCUUCUCCGGCGUUCUAUUAUGCGCCCCCCACGAGCUACCACCUGCUAGGCAUUUUACACUUUCCGAUGUCUCACGCUGCUAACUUCCGGUGUUUCUCGGAAGGAUUCGGAUCGAACGGUGGUGCUACCGGGUUCGAUUGGAAUGGGAAACAUCGUGUUCUAUUAGAGGAAGACGAGCGGGAGUACUUGAAUUGGCAGAGGAGCACACGGGUGCAAUGGGGGCUUGGCUCAUCAGGGUGA